GUAGAUGCCAGAAACAUCGAUGGGAGCACCCCGCUCUGCGAUGCUUGCGCCUCAGGGAGCAUUGAGUGCGUGAAAGUCCUCCUCUCGCACGGGGCAAAGGUCAACCCGCCAUUGUACAUCGCGUCGCCCCUCCACGAAGCCUGCUUAAACGGCAGCGCCGAGUGUGUCCGUCUCCUGAUUGAGGUCGGCGCGAACCUCGAGGCCCACGACUGCCAUUUUGGAACGCCGUUGCAUGUGGCGUGUGCGCGAGAACAGCUGGAUUGCGUGAAGUUACUGCUCAACGCAGGGAAUCCACUGAGGCUGACUCAACUCUGCCGUCUCAGCCUCCGUCGCGCUCUCGGCCAAAAGGCUCUGGAGAAAAUCCCCCAUCUGCCCAUCCCGACGAAAUUCAUUGCCUUCCUCUCUUACAGUCAGUGAGUGGCCCGUGACCCCAAUCCCAGGAAUGGGGUUUGUGGAAUUUUGGGGUGUCCCCCCCCCCAAACCAUCACUCUACAACGUUCAGCUUUUCUCAAACGACCCUGGUUCGAAACGCGUGCGGCAUUUUUUCCCCUCGAGGGAAUGAAAAUAAAAAUUUUAAAACUGGGGCUGGAAGAGAGUUACCUGGUGGUCUCCUUUCCAGCUCAGCUGACUCUAAGAGAGCGUUGGCGAAAUGCUUUAGCGUCACCAGGUAAUGGCGUGUUUGUUCACGUCCAUGUUGAAGAGCUGCGACGAACAACCGACGCCAAACCCGAUGGAACCUCGGCUGGGCCCAUUUCGUGGCUUGAUCCUCGACUUACGACCAGUCCUCCACUUACAGCCAGAAAUGAGUCCCAUAUUUCUCUCGCUUAGUGGAUUUUGUCCCAUUUUACGAUCUUUCGUCCCACAAUGGCUGAGUGAAUCACUGCGGUUGUUAUAUGAGCAUCACCGUUGUUAAAUGAAUCCCCAUUAACUUAACUGGUCGCAAAAAAGGGAUCGCAUGACCCCGGGAACACUGCAACCGUCGUAUAUGCAAGCCAGCGUCCAAAUUUUGAUCACAUGGCGGUCGUCAGUGUGAAAAAAUGGACGUGUCACUUUUUCAGUGCCAUUGUAACUCAGAAUAGACACUAAACAAGUGAUUGUAAGUUUUCCUUCCUCUAUGAAGAACUGGGAAUUGCAAUUUACACAUUUUAAAACCUGCUGCUGGGGAAUUCUGGGAAUUGGAGUCCUUCCACUUUAAAGCAUGCUGGGGAAUUCUGGGAGUUGAAGUCCACCCAGUUUAUCUGAGGAAUGCUGGGAGUUGAAGUUUGCCCAUCUACAAGCUGCCAAGAUUGUGAGUCCAUUGGUCCAGAGUCUUCUGGGGUAUUUACGGGUGUUCUGCGUGUGAAGCCAUAAUAAACUUAAUAAAUAUAGUUUAGGUAUGGAGGCUUUUC